GAGUGACGAAAGGCCAAGUUGUUCUGAACACACUGCCAUCGCCUUCAGUUGUCUCCUCAAUUCAGUGUGUUACAGUGCAGGUCUUCCUGGUCUCGAGGACAGUGAAUUGUGAUCAUUUCUACUUUAAUCUCGCGGAGGUUGUAUGUCAGGAGAUCACCCUGAAACGACGUGUCGGAAGCUAGAGGGGAGUGUGGUCUCGGCUGGAUGGGAAGCUCGGUGUAGCUUACGCCUAGCCAGGGUAGCGGCUCGCUGCAAGCUUAAGGUGCACUGCAGAGAUAUACCUGCAGCAAAAGAAGACAAAGCGCACCAUUAGGCACGGCCUGCGUGAUAUAUGUCUGGGAAAGGUUCUGACUGUAGGUGAAUCUGGUGAUGACUCCAGCCAUGUGGCAAAGAAAAUUCUCCCAAAAUUAUGGAGAUGUGGCGAGGCUCUGCAGGGACGAUUGUAUGGCAACAGCGAGGGGAAGGCCCGAGGAGGCGGGGCUUUUGCCUGUGGAAUUUUUGUUCUCUCCUCGGACGAGCAGUGAUGUCGUGAUUUUCUGGAGGAUCACAGGCCAACAGAUUCACACUGUGAGACUCUGCGGAGCUUGACCUGCCUCCCCCAUGCUGAACCUGGUGGGAGUGACGUCAGAAGGCGUUCACUGAGGAGUUUAAAGACUCGGAAGCCGAGAUGUUUCUCACACCUCCAGCCUGAACGUGUGUGAGUGUCUUUCUUCUCCUUCAAUUCGAGCGUGCCUGGAGCAGCUCUUCAGCCCUUGCAUACGUAUGGACCUUGUGGCUCUGAAGUGAUGAGCUAAAUCAAACUGAGAGAAUGGUGGGACACGAAGAAGAAGAGUUUUGUUCUGAACACCGAUCACACUGACGGCAAUUGAAUAUUCAAUUCGUCGACUUGAACGAGAAGAAUUUGUGCUUUUCAGCCGAGCAAGAUGAGUUCUCUGGAAUUUGAUGAAGCUGCUGACUUGGAGCACAUACCGGUCGAGGAAGUUUUCGCUCAGCUAAAAUGUUCCCCGGAGGGCCUGACGUCAACAGAGGGCGAGGCUCGUAUCAAAAUCUUUGGCUACAACAAACUUGAAGAGAAAUCGGAGAGUAAGAUCUUGAAGUUCCUUGGUUUUAUGUGGAAUCCAUUGUCUUGGGUCAUGGAAGCUGCUGCAAUCAUGGCCAUCGCUUUGGCCAAUGGCGGAGGAAAGCCCCCAGACUGGCAAGAUUUUAUCGGUAUCUUGACACUUCUCGUCAUCAACUCCACAAUUAGUUUUGUCGAGGAAAACAACGCAGGAAAUGCUGCAGCUUCACUUAUGGCCCGACUUGCUCCAAAGACGAAGGUCCUUCGAGAUGGCAAGUGGUCCGAGCAGGACGCAGUGAUUCUUGUACCCGGAGACAUCAUCAGCAUCAAGCUUGGUGACAUCGUACCUGCAGACGCUCGUCUUCUCGAAGGAGAUCCUUUAAAGAUUGAUCAGUCUGCACUUACCGGAGAGUCUCUUCCAGUCACCAAAAAGCCAGGAGACGAAGUGUACUCAGGCUCUACUUGCAAGCAAGGAGAACUUUCAGCGGUGGUGAUUGCUACUGGUGUGCAUAGCUUUUUCGGUAAAGCUGCUCACCUCGUUGAUAGCACACACCAAGUGGGACACUUUCAGAAAGUGCUGACGUCGAUCGGAAAUUUCUGCAUCGUCUCCAUCGCAACAGGCCUGAUCAUUGAGAUUAUUGUAAUGUACGCUGUUCAAAAAAGGAAAUAUCGAGAAGGAAUUGACAACCUUCUGGUGUUACUUAUCGGAGGAAUUCCCAUAGCUAUGCCAACUGUGCUAUCUGUCACCAUGGCCAUUGGUUCUCAUCGCCUGUCUCAGCAGGGUGCUAUUACGAAGAGAAUGACUGCCAUCGAGGAGUUGGCGGGUAUGGAUGUGCUGUGCAGUGACAAAACUGGAACGCUAACUUUGAACAAGCUGACCGUAGAUAAGAAUCUCAUUGAGUGUUUCACAAAAGGUAUCGACAAAGACUAUGUGGUCUUAUCGGCAGCUAGAGCUGCUAGGACAGAGAAUAAAGAUGCAAUCGAUACCGCCAUAGUUGGGAUGCUCGCAGAUCCAAAGGAGGCUCGUAAUGGCAUUCAGGAGAUUCACUUCCUCCCCUUCAACCCUACGGACAAGCGUACCGCCAUUACCUUUAUUGAUCAGAGCGAUGGGAAGUGGCACAGAGCUACCAAGGGAGCUCCAGAAGAGAUCUUGGCUUUGGCGAAGAACAAGGAUCAAAUUUCUGCCAGGGUGCACACUGUCAUUGACAAAUUUGCUGAGCGAGGGCUUCGAUCCCUUGCUGUCGCCAGACAGGAAGUACCUGAAAAAAGUAAGGAUAGCCUUGGAGGUCCUUGGGAGUUUCUUGGUCUAUUGCCCCUGUUCGAUCCACCCCGUCAUGACAGUGCGGAAACUAUUAGCAGAGCUUUGAACCUAGGAGUGAACGUCAAGAUGAUAACAGGUGAUCAGCUGGCUAUUGCAAAAGAAACUGGACGGAGACUUGGCAUGGGGGCCAACAUGUAUCCAUCUGCAGCACUAUUCGGAAAUAAGAAGGAUGCAAGAAUAUCAGAAAUACCAGUAGAUGAGCUUAUUGAAAAGGCCGACGGAUUUGCCGGAGUCUUUCCAGAGCAUAAGUAUGAAAUCGUCAAAAGGCUACAGGAGAAAAAACAUAUCUGUGGCAUGACCGGAGAUGGAGUGAAUGAUGCACCUGCAUUGAAGAAGGCAGAUAUUGGAAUUGCUGUUGACGAUGCUACCGAUGCAGCAAGAAGCGCGUCGGACAUUGUGUUGACUGAACCUGGUUUAAGUGUUAUUAUUCAUGCAGUUUUGACCAGCCGAGCCAUCUUCCAGAGGAUGAAAAAUUAUACGAUCUAUGCAGUUUCCAUCACAAUCCGUAUUGUUCUUGGCUUCCUCUUGCUCACCUUGAUUUGGAAGUUCGAUUUCUCUCCCUUCAUGGUUCUGAUCAUCGCAAUACUGAACGACGGAACAAUCAUGACUAUCUCUAAGGAUCGUGUCAAGCCAUCUCCUCUUCCUGACAGCUGGAAGCUUGCCGAGAUCUUUACCCAGGGAGUGGUAAUUGGGACAUACUUAGCGCUCAUGACCGUCCUUUUCUACUGGGCAGCAGCGAAAACCAAUUUCUUUGAGAGAACUUUCAACGUCCAUUCUCUGAAUGGAUCUCAUGAUGAGCUCACAGCAGCGGUUUAUCUCCAAGUCAGUAUCAUCAGUCAGGCUCUGAUCUUUGUGACUCGAUCGAUGAGCUGGUCAUUCAUGGAACGACCAGGAUCAUUGCUCAUGUGUGCAUUCUGUAUUGCACAACUGGUUGCCACUUUGAUCUCUGUUUACGCAAACUGGAGCUUUGCUCACAUUAAGGGAAUCGGUUGGGGCUGGGCUGGAAUCAUCUGGAUAUACUCCGUUAUUUCUUACGUUCCACUCGACCCAAUCAAGUUUACUGUCCGAUAUGUUUUGAGUGGAAAGGCUUGGGAUCUGAUGCUCGAGCGCCGGACUGCUUUCACUUCUAAGAAGGACUUUGGAAAGGAAGAUCGUGAGGCACAGUGGGCUAAGCAACAACGUACCCUUCAUGGCCUCACUCAGCCUGGUUCUGAGGUCGGAGUUGACUUCCAUGAUGUACCCGAGCUAGCGCAAGAGGCUAAACGCCGUGCCGAGGUCGCAAAGUUGAGAGGUGAAAUUACAUCAUUGGAUGAUGAUACGGCCUCCGUGAAGGGAGAGACUGAGAGGUACAGAUUUCGAAAAUAUUCCGCAAGCCUGUCUGGCCGACAGCUCUAGAUAGAAGUGAUUAGUCAGUCAGUCAUCCAUCGACAAUGUUUUUAGUGUUGCGAUGGAAAGGCAUAGUUUUCGAGCGAAGAGAGCAUGGACUUGUAGGAAUAUCACGAGGAGUACUCUCUGUCACUUCCAAUAAUUCUACUCAAGCUGAUCUCUAGGAACAGGACGUAGAUACUAUUCUCCAAUUUGCAUUAAGAGAAGGAUGGUAGUUCUGUGAGGUACAGCACUUCUUGCAAACUUCUGUCAGUUUGUACCGCAGACUGUCUUGUACGUUCACGUCUGUCAUCAAUAUAAGACUGGUUCGCUUUUGCCC